AUGCCUCCAGUUCGUUUCAAAGCGCCUCAGGAGGUCCGAAUCAAGGUUCCAAUUGGGCGCAUUCCUCCGGCAGUUGGACCAGAAAUUCGUUUGGGAAAAAGCAUCGUAGCCGUCGCACCCCAUCGAGUCACGGCAGAGCAACUGGAGGAUGCGCGAAGAGUUUUGAGGAGAAUCCUGGGGCGGUCCAAGGAAGUCCAUCAAAACGUGCACGCCACGUACGCCGUCACACGCAAACCCGAGGGAACAAAAAUGGGCCAGGGAAAGGGUAGCAUCGACCGCUUCGUUGCCAGAGUUCCAGCAGGACGCGUUCUGUUCCACAUCCCACAGGUGAACCCUUUCCAUCUCUUCCCGGAAGUUGAACCGAAUUUCGCUGCCUUCAAAGCCGUUGCGCCGCGUCUCCCGGUGCCUGUCACGUUCCGCGAACAGAACAACUUUUUCCAGAUGCACUCUGUGAAAGAUCUCAUUCGAAAGCGGCAGGCGGAGGAAAGGGAAAGUCGAGAGAAAACCGCGCGAGAGAAGCUCGGAGGGUUUCACACGGAAAAGGCAGCGGCCGCGAAAAAGUAG